AUGAAGAUCACAACCAGACAGAUAUGUGCUGUCCAUGAGGAGUUUUUAAAAAACUUUCAAUUGUUCUCUGGGAUUAAUUUUUUUGCUGUCAAUAAGCCACCUGAUUUUCAUCUAGAACGUGCAGAUAGUACGAUUUGCAUUGAGGAUUUAGUUAGAGAAUUGUGUAACAUUGACAAGUUUAGAAUUUGCGGUCAAUUAGACUAUGCAACUAGUGGUGUAAUGCUACUGGCCAAGUCUAAACUGGCCAGUAAAUACGCCAACCUAAUGAUAUACGCUAAAGAAAUCUACAAGGUAUACCUAGCGCUACUAUAUGGGCACUUGCCUAUUGACACUUACCACAUCACCAGGAGCAUUUGUAAGCCUAGAGGGGAUGAGUUUAAGAUGCGUUUAGCUGGUAGUGAAGGGGAGGGUAAGGCCUGUCAUAGCGUUUUAAUUCCCAGGUCCCAUCAUUCUAUAGAGGGGCAACCUGUAACGCUUUGUGAACUGAGGACAAUUACAGGGCGCCGCCACCAACUACGUCUCCACUGCGCUUCAAUUGGCCAUCCAAUCAUUGGUGAUGUUACAUACUUUAACGAACGGAAUCUAACAGGCAGGUACAAGGAAAUAGAAACAGAUCGUAUGAUGUUGCAUUGUUGGUUUCUUAAGCGCAACUCCAGCGAUGAAUUGAGUGCAAAAUAUCCCAAAGAUUGGCCCAAGAUGAGGGAAAUGAUUGAGGAAAUUGAACUAAUAGUAUCUCCAGAUGUAAUUUCUAAGUAUGUAAAUCAGCCACCAAUUAAUCACUUGGAUAGUGUGUUAUUGAAUAUGCAAUUCGAACAACGGGUUGGCAGUCAAAUUAAGGUGUUUAAGUAG